AUGCCAAAGGCCACCUUCUCCUAUGGAGGGUCCAGGAGGUAUCUACUGGGGAGAGGCACAGUCAAGCUCACCAAGAGAGAAACAGCAAAAGCAGGCAAAUGGGUCCAGAUGCUGUCGGCUCUGAGUACCUGUGGAGGAUGCCCUCCACACGAGUAUGGUGGCAAGCUGCAGGUGACCCACAGCGCAGUUAGAGGGCAGCACAUGAUCAAGAAUGAGAGUGACCUUAGCCCUACUCACAAACGUGGCCAGCUCCAAGCAGGGCUUGGAAGUCAUUUAAAUAAGAAAAAAGUCAGUUGAAAUGACAGCAUACUACGGAAGUAAAGAAUAUGGGCUUUUCCUCCUGCCCCCCGUGGUGUUCCUCAGAUUGAAGUCACUUUUGAUAUUGAUGCCAACAGCAUCCUCAAUGUCUCUGCUGUGGAUAAGAGCACAGGAAAAGAGAACAGGAUUACCAUCGCUAAUGACAAGCGCCGUUUGAGCAAGGAGGACAUUGAACGCAUGGUUCAGGAAGCAGAGAAGUAUAAAGCUGAAGGUGAGAAGCAGCGGGAUAAGGUGUCUUCGAAGAAUUCUCUUGAAUCCUAUGCUUUCAACAUGAAAGCUACUGUUGAGGAUGAGAAACUUCAAGGCAAGAUUAAUGAUGAGGACAAACAGAAGAUUCUUGAUAAGUGUGAUGAAAUAAUCAACUGGCUUGAUAAGAACCAGACUGCAGAGAAGGAAGAAUUUGAACAUCAGCAGAAGGAGCUGGAAAAAGUCUGCAACCCCAUCAUUACCAAGCUGUACCAGAGCGCAGGAGGCAUGCCAGGAGGAAUGCCAGGAGGGAUGCCCGGGGGCUUCCCUGGUGGUGGAGCUCCUCCGUCUGGUGGUGCCUCCUCUGGGCCCACCAUUGAAGAGGUUGAUUAAGCCAGCCUAGCACAGGUGUAGCAUUGUUCCACACAACACUGAAGGACCCAAAUUUGUAGCAAAUUCCAUGGCAGUUUUAAAGUUGAGCUGCUGUAGUAAACUGGGCAUUCUUGAUACUUGAACGUGGAAUGUGUGCACAGGGAAAGGAAAUAACAUUGCACUUUACAAGCACUGUAUUGUAAGUGGAAAAUGCAAUGUCUUAAAUAAAACUGUAUUUAAAAUUGGCACCAAAAAAAAAAAAAAAAAAAAGAA